CAUCUGAAGAAACAAAUUUAUUUGAAGAGGGGGCAGUAGUCAUAAUAGGAUUGACUGUGCAGUUUGCACACCAGUUGUAACUCAAGUCCUCUCAGCAUUCAGAACAUCAUGCAGGUCGACGGAGCAUUGGAUGAUACCCAAAGCGUGGAAACUGAUGUUGAGAUAGCAGUUACGUUUACAGGAUUUGGAAAAUACAACAUUAAAGUUUUACUUUUAUGUGGAUUAAUUUAUAUGAAUACGGGAUUCAGUAUUAGCAGUGUAGGAUUAAUCCUUCCGUCAGCAGCUUGUGACUUCCAACUUACGACAAUUGAUAAGGGUCGUAUAUCUGCAACGCCAACGUUAGUUGUUAUCAUUGUAGGGAUGAUUAUAGGCGCCUAUUUCUGGGGUUGUCUUGCAGACUUGGUGGGAAGAAAAAAGGCUCUCCUGACAUCCACUAUUUCGUAUGCUUUUUGCGAAAUAAUAUCAUCUGUAGUUUCAAACUACUGGGGAUUCCUCCUUCUUAAGUUUUUCAGUGGAUUUUCAAUAAGCGGUCACAGUACCGUGGUAUUUACCUACCUCGGUGAAUUCCAAUCCGGUAAAACGAGGGAGAGAAUGCUCUGUUGGAUGGAGAUGGCUUGGUCACUUGGAUUGAUAGCUCUACCAUUAACUGGAUGGCUAGUAAUUCCUAUUCACAUAUCCUUCAUUAACGAUUUUUUUUCUUUCCGAUCUUGGAAUCUCUUUGUAAUAGUAUGUGCAUUACCAUCGGUAUUCAUUGGAUGUUGGUUGUUAUCCUUUCCCGAAAGUCCCAAGUAUCUGGCUGAAUCUGGCAACAAUUAUCAACUUGCGAAAACACUUUUUAUGAUGCACAAGGAAAAUACCGGCAAUUCAUGUGAGGAUUAUUUGGAAACACUUUCUCAAAAUGGCUACGAGCAGCUCAGUCUCAAACUUCGCAAUGUUCAAGAGGAAACAACUCCAAUGUCUUCGGAAAAUCAACUAAAAAGAGUCCGUCAAUUAUUGGCAAAUAUUUAUCAACAAACGCUUUUACUUAUGAAACCCCCCUUACUUAGAAAAACAGCAAAUGUAUGCAGUAUCAUGUUCUGUUUGGGCUCAUCGUAUUACGCUCUAAUGUUAUGGUUUCCAGAGCUUUUUCAGAGAUUCGCCACCUUUGAGGGUAAGUCUCCUGCCGCUGCUGCUAGUGUCUGCAGUGUUUCUGAGCAGAGUUUAUCCCGGAAUCAAAUGAAUUAUAACUGUCUCACUACAAUUCCUAGAACUGUGUAUGUGCACACAUUAAUUCUUGGUAUCGCUUGUGUUCCUUUGAGUGUGAUGCUUCCUCUGUGCGUUGAUAAAUUAGGAUAUAAGUUUUAUCUAGUGAUUUCAACCCUCGUUGCAUCAGGUGUAGCACUGGGACUUUUGUUCGUGAAAUCAUCUAUUGAAAAUCUCAUCCUCUCUUGUAUUUUUGAAGCCGCUUCAUCUAUUGGUAUGAGCAUUGUGCUUGCUAUCGUUGUAGACUUAUUCCCAACUAAUUUAAGAGCAAUCGCGGCCGCAUUAUGUGCCUUCUGUGGUAGACUUGGAGCUUUAGUGGGUAAUCACAUGUUUGGAUACCUCAUUGAUACCCACUGUCUAAUUCUUAUUAUUAUUGUAGCUGUUCAGCUAUUAGUCUGCAGUGUUCUUGGAUAUUUACUGCCUAUUGGACGACAUCCUGAGACUACAGUUUUUUCUUUAAAAAAUGUAUCUUAAAUAAAUAUUACCCAUCAACAAAAAAUAGUAUAAGAACCAUCGAAUAAGAAAGGUGAGA